GUAUGGCUUUCAUUCUCUUUUGGCAGGAGGUAGUAGCCUAGAAGGAUAAUGUCCACGAGUCUUGGUGUUUGCGCCUACUGAAAGUCUUUUUAUAACUGCAUGAAUUUAACAGCCAAAUAUCACCAUGACUGAUUACAAAGAAGAGCAGACAAAUGAAAUUGAGGCUCUCGAGUCCAUAUAUCCAGAUGAAUUUGAAAUUCUUGAAACAGAUCCUCACCACAAAUUCAAGAUUAGUGUGAAGUCGGAAGGCUCUGAGCCAUAUGCAGAAUUACAUGUAGAUCCCGCUGAAAUCACCUUACUCUUCGAAUAUACAUCAACGUAUCCUGAUGAACCUCCAGUUAUGGAGAUUCUUCCAAUUGAAAAUAUAGAAGAUGAAGAGCUUGAAGGUCUAAGAACAGAUUUGUUGGCACAGUGUGAAGAAAAUCUUGGAAUGGUAAUGGUCUUCACAUUGGUAUCAUACUCAUUGGAGUGGCUUACAAAUCACAUGGAGAGUAUAGCACGGUCUGCCAAGGAAGAGCUAGAACGGAAAAAAUUGGAGCAAGAAGAAGCAGAAAGGAAAAAGUUUGAGGGUACAAGAGUAUCUGUGGAAACAUUCCUUGCAUGGACCAAAUUUGAUGCUGAAAUGGCAGCUUUACGUUGUGAUGACAAAGAUGUGAAAAAAGUAAAAAAGCUAACUGGCCGAGAGCUUUUCAUGAGAGAUAAGACAUUAAAUGAAUCCGACUUGAGUUUCUUGGGUGAAGGAGAAUCAGAGGUAACUGUAGAUGAAAGCUUAUUCCAAGAUUUAGAUGACUUGGAUUUAGAAGAUGAUGACGAUGCUGAUGAAGAUUAUGUACCAGGAAUGGAAGAGGAACUUUCAGACUAGUUAUAAACAUCAUUUAUUUUUAUCAUUAUCUGAUUUAUUCUUGAUGCCCAUAUUUUUGUUAAUGACAGAAAUAGUGACUUACUCUUGAUGCCCAUAUUUUUGUUAAUGACAGAAAUAGUGACUUAAGUAGGUUGUAUUUCAUUUGACUAUU